AUGCCUCUUCUUAGGGUCUUGGAUCUGUCACAUUCAUUCAUGUUUAAAGAGCUUCCUGCAGGGAUCGGUAACUUGGCAGAGCUUCGAUAUCUCAAUCUAUCACACACCGACAUCGUAUCAUUGCCUGAAGAGAUGAGAAAUCUGGUAAAGCUGCAGCACUUGAACUUACAGCAUUCAUUUUUGCAGGAGCUCCCAGCAGGUAUUGGUAGCUUGGUAGAGUUACGAUAUCUCAAUCCAUCAGCCACAAGGAUCAGAUCAUUGCCUGAAGAGAUGAGAAAUCUGGUAAAGCUGCAGCACUUGAAUUUGUGGCACUCAUUUUUGCAGGAGCUUCCUGUAGGGUUCGGUAACUUAGCAGAGCUGCGAUAUCUCAAUCUAUCAGGCACAGGUAUCACAUCAUUGCCCGAAGAGAUGAAAAAUCUGGUAAACAUGCAGCACUUGGAGUUUCAGAGUUCAUGUUUGCAGGAGCUUCCUGCAGGGAUAGGUGACUUGGCAGAGUUACAAUAUCUCAAUCUAUCAAACACAUGGAUCAGAUCAUUGCCAGAAGAGAUAGGAAAUCUGGUAAAGCUGAAGCACUUAGACCUGAGGACAGUAUUUUUGGACAGAAUUCCCCAAGGUGCAAUCUCCAGGCUUUCUGAGUUAAGAGUAAUGAAGCUAUAUAACUCAAUGUGGGAAGAAGGGAGUGAGGGAUUUAAUAUAAGUGAGUUGGAAAGCUUGGAACAUUUAAUCCAUCUUGAUCUCACCACAUCAACUGUUCAUGAUCUUGAAAGGUUACUCGGGUCUAGCAAACUGCUGAAGGUGACUCGGUUUCUACAACUGGAAGGGUGCGAAGGCCUGACAACCUCCAUCCGACUAUCAUACCUUUUCACAGAAAUAAGGCGUAUUUCUAUUGAAAAAUGCAACAUGUUGGAGGAGGUGACGAUUGGUGCGGAUGGGGAGACCUAUGAUGAUUAUCCUGUUUCGAGCCUAGAAUAUCUCCACCUUCGGAAUAACUCUGGCUUGAAAUGCAUUCUUGUAGGCUGUGGAUGCUUCGAAAACCUUAGCAGCAUAAGCAUUGAGCAUUGUUACAAGUUGAAGAAAAUUGAUUCGUUACUACAACUUGAGAGUCUGGAAAAAAUCGAAAUAAGUAAUUGCUAUGAACUUGAAGAAGUAAUAAGCAAGAUUGCAGAUGAUGAUGAUGAUGAUGAAGAAGUGGGAGACAAAGGGCUAAUGCAACUCAGUUUUAUAUCACUCAAGAACGUUCCAAAACUAACAAGCAUCUGGAGCGAUGCACUGCAUUUUCCUUCCUUGGAGGUAAUGGAGGUGUCUGCGUGUCCAAAGUUGAAGAAGCUCCCUCUUUCUCUUCAUAGCGCUCAUAAUUCUCUAAGGGAGAUUCGUGGUGGGAAAGAAUGUAUGAUGACAUCGAAGGGGUUUGAUGACAUUGAAGCUUGUUUGAUGUUAUCAAACUAUCGUGCAGAGUUACAUAGAAUUGCAGCCAUUCGGGCAGGUCCCAACAAAAAGGAUCUAGACCUUGCCUAUCAUAUAGAGCAUCUACACAUGGCUAAACAGAAAAUCAGAGAAGAAAAACUAAAACUGGAGGACCGAUGCAGUGCAACAGCAACAUAUGGAAGAGCCGACACUAGCGACAUACACAUCCAUAAGGGCUCCAAAGGAAAGCUGAGAAACAGCAAACAUGGCCUCAGCAGCCGCCCAAACCUGCAGAUGGAAGAGGGAAGCUAA